AUGGCGCGCAUCGUGCUUGGGAGCGGAGUUUUGCUCUGCGUCCUCAGCUUGACGCUUGAGACGCGCGCCCUCACGGUCUUGCCGCACGACGUUCGACCAGGCCAUGCUGUCCGCCACUUCGUGGGGAACUAUUCUCGCUACACUCUGCUCGACCCAGAAUACGGCACCUACUUCACACUUUUAGACGAUGGACUGCUAAUGACUACUGCCGAUCUUGCGCCCCUGCUCGAUCGAUCGUUGAAUCUUGCUGUCUUGGAACAGACCCCGUUUAGUAGUUCCGCUCAUUCGGUACAUCUGCUCGUGGUAGACCGUAGGAAAAUGCUUAGUUUUUCUGCAACGAACGUUAUACGCGGUGAAAUUCCAGAAAAUUCACCACCUGGUUCGGUUGUUGAUCUUCCACCGAUCAAAGCCACGGCGUCCGUCAAUGUUGGACCUAUCGCGUACAAAAUAAUAAAAGGAAAUGAAUACUCUCUAUUCUCCUUACGCGAUAAAGCGAAGAGUGGGAUCCCAGAGGUUUACUCAGUUAUUACAGAGGGUGAAGUAGAAAUGAUUGCAAUGAAGUCUUUAGACGCUGAAGCUAAAAAAUAUUACGACUUGGUGCUUCAGGCAACAGAUUUAUCAGGUAUUUACAAGGCGACUCUAUCUAUCAGGGUGGAUGUUUCAAAUGAAAACGACCACGAACCAAUAUUCGAACAGGAUAUAUAUUACUUUGCUGUUAACGGUACACUAGAUCAGAAUAGUGAUAACGGUACCGCACAUUGGCAAAGAUUCUCAAACAUUGGCAAGGUUCACGCAUACGACGCCGACGGUGAUAGGGUGUAUUACUCCCUGAAGACGGCCAGCAACCUAGCCGUUGUCGUGCCGCAAACAGGUGAACUGAUCCUUGCGGGCGAACCGGAUAGCCACGAAGCCGAAUUGGAAGUAGUCGCCCACGACACAGGAGCGCCUUCGCGCAAAAGUCGGCCGGCUCAAGUUUUCCUAGAAUUCGUUGUUCGGAACCAAAAAGAUUUACCAGCCCUGCGGCGUCAAAAGAGGCGUGUUACCCGCGCUGUUCGACCGACGAAGCGUAUUGAAUUCACCGAGGCGGACGGCGAAGUCGAGGGACGUGCGGUUUUCACGCUCGAGAAAGAAACAGAUCGCGAAACGUUCAAAAUUCGCGACGAAAAUCCGUGGGUCACCGUUGAGCCCAGUGGUGUAGUGAAAGUCAAAAAGAAGUGGGACUAUGAGGAAUUGGGGCCUGAGAAGACUAUCGACUUUUGGGUCACUAUCACCAAUGCUGGAAAUGGAGAUCCAACGCCCGUAAUGGUC